CCUUCAAUAUUUCCCCCAAAAACAAAGCAAAAAUGGCAAUAACAUCUUAUCACUCAACUACUUUCAUGUCUUCUUCUUCUUCAUUGAACCGGUUAGCACCAAUAUCAAGAACGGGGUUUAUUUCUUACACAUCCCCCUUGAACCCUUAUAAGCCUCGUGCAAUAUUCAGCUCUGGUUUUGUUUCUUUUGCUUCCAAAAGAAAACAAUCAAGAAAAUUGUUUACAGUGAGAUCAGCGGUAGCUCCUGUUGAAACCACAGCUGAUUUUGAUGAGAUGGUUUCUGGGACAAAAAGAAAGUAUUACAUGCUAGGCGGGAAAGGUGGUGUAGGUAAAACAAGCUGUGCUGCUUCACUUGCUGUAAAAUUUGCAAAUAAUGGUCAUCCAACUCUUGUAGUUUCAACCGACCCUGCACAUUCUUUAAGUGACUCUUUUGCUCAGGAUCUGACUGGUGGGACUCUAGUACCCGUUGAAGGACCUCUUUCUCCUCUUUUUGCCCUGGAGAUAAAUCCUGAUAAAGCAAGGGAAGAAUUUCGUGAUGUAAGCAAGAAGAAUGGUGGAACUGGAGUCAAAGACUUCAUGGAUGGCAUGGGUCUUGGAAUGCUCGCUGAUCAAUUAGGAGAGCUGAAGCUAGGGGAGCUCUUGGACACCCCUCCUCCCGGUUUAGACGAAGCUCUUGCAAUUUCCAAGGUUAUUCAAUUUCUUGAAUCACAAGAAUAUAACAUGUUUACACGCAUAGUCUUUGAUACUGCACCCACGGGUCAUACGCUGCGACUUUUGUCAUUGCCCGAUUUCUUGGACGCAUCAAUUGGGAAGAUACUGAAGCUUAGGCAGAAAAUAUCUUCGGCAACUUCAGCAAUCAAAAAUGUAUUUGGGCAAGAAGGAUCUCGUCAAGAUGCUUCUGAUAAAUUGGAGAAACUAAGGGAAAGGAUGAUUAAAGUACGGGAGCUUUUUCGUGAUACUGAUUCAACAGAAUUUGUUAUAGUGACGAUUCCUACGGUAAUGGCCAUCAGUGAGUCCGCAAGGUUGCGUGCUUCACUUAUUAAGGAAAAUGUUCCUGUCAAAAGGCUUAUUGUUAAUCAAAUUCUUCCGCCAUCUGCUUCUGACUGCAAAUUCUGUGCUAUGAAAAGGAAGGACCAAACUCGUGCGAUUGAGAUGAUCCGAAAUGAUCCAGAGCUGUCCAGUCUGAUUUUGGUGCAGGCACCUCUUGUUGAUGUUGAAAUCAGAGGUGUCCCGGCUCUUCAAUUCUUAGGGGACAUGAUUUGGAAAUAGAAGUAUAUGAGAUCUUCUCAGCAUGACAAGGUUGACAGAAAUAGUAAUGAGUUGUCGCAGAUAAUUGCUACAAGAUACAUUGGAGCCUUAACGCACUUGGUGAGUCUUCAGAAGAUUAAUUUUUGGUCACAGUUUUGGUUGCAAGGUGAGGCACAUACACACAAGGAUGAAGUCUUUCAAAUAUCAAAGAAACCACACUGAUUACUUAACGGGUAGAGAUUGUUGUAUAUAAGAUCAUCAUUUGCUCUGUACGAUAUGUCGAUAUUUGGUGCAUACUUUGUAUUCGUAUUUAAUGUACAAGUAUCCUCCAACUUUAUGUUGAAAAUGACAGGAUUACAUAGAAGGUUGUUAAUAUGGUAAA